AAAAACCCUAACCCUAAGCGAAAGUCGGCAUUGUCCCUCACCGCCUUUAAUCAGAGUUUAGAGAAGCAACUACAAUCACAAAAUGGGUAAGGUCCAUGGAUUGUUGGCACGCGCCGGGAAUGUGAGAGGGCAAACUCCAAAAGUAGCCAAGCAAGACAAGAAGAAGAAGCCUAGAGGCCGCGCCUAUAAGCGGAUGCAGUACAACCGCCGUUUCGUGACUGCCGUUGUUGGUUUCGGGAAGAAGCGCGGACCCAACUCUUCGGAGAAGUGAGGUUGGACCUUUUAGAGUCGUGCAUUGUAGGAUGUCUGAAAUUAUGUUGAGAACAUUUUCUAGCUUCAUUAGCAUUAUAUUGUUCUUAGUUUGUAGCCUCUUUUCGGUUUAAGAAAACCAUAAUACUGGUGUCUGUUUGAUUUAACAUUUUAU